GAAUGCCGCGGUGCUACGGCAGCCGAAGGGGCCAUUCCGUGUGCAGCGCUCCCGCCCACUCUCCGGUCUCGGCGGCUCUCCAGAGCGUCUGUAAACACCCAGAGACUGUCAUGGAGGGGGAGGAGGAGGCGGCGGCGGCGAAGGGAGGCGUUUGGGGCCGCCUCCAGGGUCCGCUCUGCCAUUCCUGAACUGGUCCCUCGUCCCCGUGACUCUGGCAUCAGGGAAGCGAACUGUUAGGCGAGAGGAGGAGGCAGCCAGAACCAUAUCCCCUUCUUCCUCGGGGCGGGGGCCGGGCCAGGCCGGCUGAGCCGGGGGAGGGCUCCGGGAGGGAGUGCCUGGCCAGGCCGGCCUGUCUGCCGCGAUGGAUGACAGUAAGGUGGUUGGAGGCAAAGUAAAGAAGCCCGGUAAACGUGGUCGGAAGCCAGCCAAAAUUGACUUGAAAGCAAAACUUGAGAGGAGCCGGCAGAGUGCAAGAGAAUGCCGAGCCCGAAAAAAGCUGAGAUAUCAGUAUUUGGAAGAGUUGGUAUCCAGUCGAGAAAGAGCUAUAUGUGCCCUCAGAGAGGAACUGGAAAUGUACAAGCAGUGGUGCAUGGCAAUGGACCAAGGAAAAAUCCCUUCUGAAAUAAAGGCCCUACUCACUGGAGAAGAGCAGAACAAAUCUCAGCAGAACUCAAGCAGGCAUACCAAGGCUGGGAAGACAGACGCUAAUAGCAAUUCCUGGUGAAGAUUAUAUAAAGAUGAGUCAGUGAUUGAAGCCAAUAUUCUGAUUCCCAUGGAAGAUGGAUGGGCAAGAGUGUACUUCUUGGCUCCAUUUACUACCUACUGCUCAGUAGUCAUCUCUGUAAAUCUGCAAUUUCUACCAAAAUGUGUGAUCGUAGAUCUCAAAGGAUCUUGCUUUAACUUUCAACACUUAGAAAAUCUACAAACAUUCAGACCUGUCUGGGUUGGUAUUGCCACCCAUGACAUUUAACAUGUUGUGAUGCUUGAAAACACAGGAGUAGAGAAAAUCGAUGAAGAUUGUAUUUUUGCACCUUAACUCCACAUUGCUUUAUUGGUUAAUUUAUAUUCUUUCCAUGUAAUUCAUGUAAUUGUAUGUCUGUGUGUGUUUUAUGUGUCACCACCUUUCAUGUUUUUGAUUGCCCUACAAAGAGAAACCAAAUGAGCUGAUUACUGACUAUAAGUUCUCAGCCUUUAUGGACCUAAUCUUAUUUUUAUUUACUUGAGUAAUGUUUAUUCUCUGCAUGAACCAUGAUUUCUCCUGUGAGCCAUUCCAGCAUAAGCUGUGAAUAUGUAUUAACAAAUAUAUACAUUUCUAUUUUUAUAAUCCAUAAGGAUAUGCCUGUUUUAAAUAACAUACAUAUUAACAAUAUCUAUCAGGAAAACCCUCAAGACAGCUUCUAGUUAAAACCUUUGUUGCUGUCCUCUCAAACUAUAUUUACAAAAAUUUGCUAGGGCCAAAUCCAUACUUGCAGAAUAAUUCAUCAAAUUUUAUUUUUAAGUGAAAAGUAACCUUUCAGGCAUUUCAGCAGCAUACAUUGACAACCUAGGGUAUAUAUGUAUGUAUGUUUCUUAUUGUAUGUCUAUAUAUGUAUGUGGGGAGGACAGGAGUGAAUGUUCACACACUUUUCUUGCGUACUCAACUAAAUUGGAGAAUGUUUCUGAAGAAAAUUGGAUGAAAUUAGCUGCUGAGAUUGAGUUUCUGCCUUAAAAUCUGAAACAAAAAAAGGGACAAAUUGCUGGUAGAUCUACUGACCGUAGCCAUCACCAGAACACUUAGUUUCUUCCCAGACAUGAAUUUCCUGACAGGCUCUGAGCCAGAAACACACUGUGGGCGUGCAUCUGGUUCAGCCCUGGAUAUGCCUCCACUGUGGAGGGAAGCAUUGGAACUGGAGUUGUGCACAGCACCGCAGCUAGUGGGCCUGGCUGGGGGUGCAGAAGGGCAGGGUAGUUCUUUCCAGUUCCCCUUGCAGCUACACUUACUUUCUCCCUGACUACCAAAUGGAGUGACGGUUGAAGAAUCAAGCUCAUAAUAUGAUACACCCAGACAGACCCAGAAAUCUUUUGAUUUCCCCAGCGAGAUACUAUCACUCUCUUCUCUUUCCCAUGGUUAAAACAGGAGUUGUGUUCUCUGUCGCAGCUAAAUUAUUCUUCACUUGAGUGAAGCAAAUAUUUAGCUUCCAAAUAAAGUAUAUUUUGUUCUGAACUGGCAGUUUAAGAGGAGAUACCGUAGUCUAGAUUGUCUUUGAGGUAGAAUAUGCGAUGGACCACAUAGUUUAAGAUUACAAGGUACUUUCCCUCUUCUCUCAGGCCAUGCAUUUGAAUAAAGUGCCUCCCUUAGCCUGAGCUCCUAAAGACCUCUUGUACUUGGUUGCAAACUCAGAUCUCUAGUCUAGUCUAGUCUAGUCUAGUCAUGUGUGACUGUGUACUGAGAUACCACUAGCCCAGUUUGCUGGGUCUCUCUAUGUUUUGGAAGUUGGGGGUUUAAUAAUAUUUAAUAUCUUUUUAGGAUCAUAAACAUAAAUAGGUUUGUUGAUAUUCAGGCCUUCAGAAUUUAAGGGUUUUAAAUAUAGCAUUCAGAUUGUAAUUGGUAUGUUUUUGCCAUCUGGUCUACUCAAUUGUAUAUGUUUAUUUUGCAAAACAACCCAAGACUUACUUUAUGUUGCUUUGUUCAGUACCUUUUGAAUUCCCCCAGAAGAGUUGUUUUCAAAACAAACAUUCCAGAAUGAAUGUCGCUCUUCAAUGGAACGUCUCUGUUGUGCUUGAAGUAUUUCUUCUCUGGUUGUAAUUCUAAAUUACAGAGUCAUUUGAGCUUUCUCCCGUCCCGCUAGUAUCUUUACAGGAGCAGGGAAGAGCAGUGACUUUAUCCUCAGGUAGAGGAUGUAUAAUUUUGGACGAAGUUAAAUUACAAUUUAUUUGAGGUUAUUCCUAAACCUAUUUAUUUGGUAUUUUGGAGGAGAUCACACACUAAGAGAACGUUGAUUGCCUCGGCUAUUGUGCUGGCUGGACACUUUGGUCACUUUUGAAGCAUGUUAAUAAAUGUCACUGAUUAAAACAGCUGGAGCAUUUCCUUCCCUUUCCAGUGAAGGAGCAGCGUAGUGAAAUCCUGGCACCCCUCACCUUUUUGUGAUGACAAGAUGGCUGACAGUCACGGAGUCCAGGAGAAGGUGCUGCUCUCCUUGCUUUCUGAGUAAACAGAGUAAUGUUUUCUUUUUCUUAUUUUCCCAAAGAAAGAAAGAUAAGGGGGAAAAUAUAUUUGUAUGUUUAGACCAGCCAAAUUCUGUCAUUAUUUUAGUAUCAACCUGCUGUAUAUUAGAGCAACUGAAUAUAAUAUGGAAUAAGUUUGACCAGGUCAAGUUUUAGGAUAUAGUUGAAUUUCUUUAAAAAGUUUUCUAUUUUAUCUAAAAUCUUUCUAUUAUAUCUAAAUUAGAAUGAUCGUCCUGCAGCAAAUUCACAUUACUGUUUGCUGGCUAAUUGACAGUAUUUAUCAGCAUCACUAUGUAGCAUUCUAUUUUAGCAUCUUUGAACUAUGAUCAUUUGAUUUGGCUAAUUACAAAAAGUACAGGUUUAAACUGGACUUACCUUGAGUUAAAGGCAAAGAAAAUCUAAAAACAUACAUGUUAUAUUUCACAAGAAAUCAGUUGCAUAUUAUCCAUUACAUAUUUAGUUUUAAAAGGAGGAGUCACCUUGAAUUAUUUUCUGAGUCACCUUGAAUUAUUUGAUCUCUCAACCUGCUUUCUCAUCUGUAAAAAUGGGGGGAGGAUAACUUUCACAGGGUAAUUGGUAGGCUAAAUAAGAGUUACAGAAAACUGUUAAAUAGGAAAGAACUACAUUAAAUUUAAAUAUUCACAUUA